AUGAGUUCGGAAAAAGGAAGUGCUAGAGGAAGAACAAACUCUACCUCUUCAAAGGGCAAUUGCCCGUCUUCUUCUUCUAAUUCUGUACCCUCACCUAUGAGUGCAGAUCAAUAUGCAAUGGAUUUAGGGUUUACCACAGUAACCCGAUCCAGAUCAAGAUCGUCCGACAUACGGAUUGGGUCUCCCACGGAGUCAUCAACUCCACCAAGGCCUUCGGCCAAUCUUAUUCGUCCUUCUGGCAGAGUCGUUCAAAUGAGGCCUCAUGCCUCUCCUUCAUCCAAUAGGGAGUCUUCUACUCCUCCUACAACUUAUUCUCAGGCUGUCACCCCGAAUAAACGAUGCCUUGCCAUGGUUGUACGGAUUACAGGAACCAUGCCGCAAGUUAGACCUCGAAAGCACCCUAAUGCAGAAGCUAGUAACGCUGCUAGAGAAGCAGCGAUGGGAAGGAAUGUGGAAGAACAAUUGCUUGAUAGAUUGGCUCAAAGAUUAAUUUUGGGGAUUUGGUCGACACAAUCAGACCCUGAAAAGAAGUAUGGGAUUGAGAGAUUGAAAGCCUUGGGUGCUACUACUUUUGCGGGGACAACAAAUCCCGCCGAUGCUGAAGCAUGGCUUACUUUAAUUGAAAAGUGCUUCAGAGUAACAAGAUGUCCGGAGGAUAGGAAGGUGGAACUUGCUGCCUUUUUACUCCAAAAUGGCGCUGAAGAUUGGUGGCGCAUGGAAGAAAGUAGACGAAGAACUACAGGUGAUAUAAGUUGGAACGAGUUUAAAAAGGCAUUCUUUGAUAAAUUUUAUCCACGCUCCUUUCGCGAUGCAAAACGUAAUGAGUUCUUAAGACUCACUAAAGGGUUAAUGACUAUUGCGGAAUAUGAGAAGAACUAUACAGAAUUGUCUAUGUAUGCCACUAGGGUGAUUGAGGAUGAAGUGGAAAGGUGUAAGAGAUUCGAAGAGGGGUUACGAGAGGAAAUUCGUACUCCUGUGACAGCUUGUGCAGACUGGAAUGAUUUCUCUAAAUUAGUGGAGGCAGCACUAAGGGUAGAAAAAAGUUUAAAUGAAAGGAAGCAAGAAAGAGAAACUUCCAAGAAUGUAUGUACAUUCAGCUCGUCGAUGCAUCGAAAUCGACAAGGUAAAGAAAGAAGUGGAAGAUUUGUGCCCGGGGUGUCUAGCAGAGAGAAUUUUAAGUCUCAGUAUAGUGGUUCUUCUUUCUCUAAAUCGGGAUCAAGCAGAGGAGCCCAGAGAUCGAGUGGUUCUAGUCAUCCUAUAUCUUCUACAGGAGGUUCUCAUAUUGCUCGAUCAGAUAGGGUUGUAUCAGAAUCUAGCAAGAGUAGUGUAUGUUAUAACUGUGGUCAGCCAGGACAUUAUCGUAGAGAUUGUCCACAUCUGAUACCAGGGGGUAAUACUAUCUUAAAAACUACUUCUCAAACAGUAAGCCAGCAGCCAAGAAUCACGAGAACUAGUGGUGAAGGCUCUAGUGGGGGAAAACAGAAAGGACCAGUGGGUUGCUCUCGCCAGGAAGGGAAGGUUUUUGCAAUGACACAACAAGAGGCAGCAGAUGCACCAAACGUUGUGACUGGUACGUUAUCUAUAUUUAAUAAAUCUGCACAUGUCCUAAUGGAUCCUGGUGCAACACAUUCUUUUGUCUCUAUUAUGUUUACAGUUGGGAUUGAUAAAGAGUUAGAAAGUCUAACUGAGGAACUGUUGAUAAGUACACCUGUAGGUGAUAGUUUUAUAGUCAAUAGUGUGUACCAGAAAUGUAGUAUUCUUAUUGAUGGUGAAACUUUAGAAGUGGAUUUGAUUCCGUUAAACAUUCAGGAGUUUGAUGUUAUCUUGGGAAUGGAUUUUCUAUCUAAUCACUAUGCCUCCCUAAAUUGUCAUCAGAAAGAGAUUGUUUUUAAACGUCCAGGGAUGAGUGAAAUCCUUUUCCGCGGUGAUAGAAAAAUACUUCUCACCUGUGUGAUCUCUGCCUUAAAGGCCAAUAAAUUGUUGACGAAGGGUUGUACGGUUUACCUAGUAAAUGUGAUAGAUACACACGUUAGUAAGCUGAAGCUUGAGGAUAUACUAGUGGUAAGAGAAUUCCCAGAUGUAUUUCCUGAAGAGUUAUCAGGACUACCGCCUGAUAGAGAGAUUGAAUUCUCAAUUGAUUUAGUGCCUGGAACUACACCCAUUUCACAAGCUCCCUAUAGAAUGGCACCGAUGGAACUGAGAGAGCUAAAAUCGCAGUUGCAGGAAUUAGUGGAUAAGGGAUUUAUCCGACCUAGUGUAUCUUCGUGGGGUGCACCGGUGUUGUUUGUUAAAAAGAAGGAUGGUACAUUAAAGUUAUGUAUUGACUACCGACAGUUAAAUAAGGUAACAAUACGUAACAAAUAUUCUUUGCCCCGAAUAGAUGAUUUGUUUGAUCAACUUCGUGGUGCCUCUGUAUUCUCUAAGAUUGACUUGAGAUCAGGUUAUCAUCAGUUGAAAGUUAAAGAGUCAGACAUCUCAAAAACAGCCUUUCGAACGAGAUAUGGGCAUUAUGAAUUCUUAGUAAUGCCCUUUGGGUUAACUAAUGCCCCUACAGCCUUCAUGGACUUGAUGAAUCGUAGGAUUAAUGUCGUUGGAUUGGCACUUGAUUACUGCUUUGGUCAAGUGUUGGAGACCGGAGACCCACACAUUUCAUAUGCCUUAUGGGGAAUGCACUAUAACACUACAGGAUGUUGCAGUCUAGUUGGGGUUACCAGUGGAUGGUGA